CUUUGGCCAUGAAAGACUUUGCGCUUUUCGAUCCCAACUCCCAACCACUAACGACUAACUCUUCCAACAGAUGAUGCGCAGGACACUGACACUGGCGACCUGAUUUAUCUUUGCACCCCUCGGUUCUGCAUGUUGCAAGGUGCAAGUUGAAGGCUCAUCAUGGCGAGCGCCAGUACGCCAGGCAGCGUGCCGAAGGCCAUGUCCUCGCGCCUGUUGACCAUGAAAUUCAUGCAAAGAGCGGCGGCCUCUCCCACCUCCCCGUCGCCCUCUACGCCAGACGAACCUCCAAAUAAGCGCCGCAAAAAGAAUGGAGAUGCGUCCCCUUCGCCCUUCAGCGUGGAUGCUCUAGCGGACCAAAGAGCUGUACAAAAAGCACUCGCGGAGGAGGAAGCUAUACGGCAGGUUGCACUUGAAAGACAGGCCGCUGAAGCUGGUGAUACAAGAUGGGUGUUAAGCUUUGAGGAUGACGGCCCUCAGGCCGCAUCUCCUACUAUGGCAUUACGGGUGGUUCAGACGGGCUAUGCCAACCUCGACAGCAUAUCGUCACACCAGAUCAGAACAGAGGAGGAUGAGCCACAAGACAAACCCAUCAUGGUUGGAAGGCGGAGCUUUGGCAAGUUCAACCGUGUUCUCGAGGUACCUAAUCUAUCUCCGCUCUCAUGUGUUUUUCACUUUUGUUGACCAUCGCGCUAGAAGCAACAAGACCCCACACUGGAGGAUUCCUCCGACUCCGAUGAAAGCGAAAAUGACGGUUCAGAAGACGAUGCUGAUGGCGACUCGGACGAUCCCAUGAACAACCUCAUCAAAACUUCUCGCGCAGAAGCUACACAACGUUUAAAGGCGGAGCGCAAAGCAAAGAAGAAGGCGGAAAAAUCAAAGACGGCAGAUCUGGCGAAGCAACGGAAGAAGAAAGCCGUCAAUCUGAAUGGUUUGACAUCUCUAUCGGGAUCCCAAUCGAGAUCUUCAUCUGGACCUUCAGGACCUCCACGCGGACCUUGUUAUUCGUGUGGUGGACCCCAUAUGAGAGCAGAAUGUCCAGAUAACAAGAGAAGAUACCCAGGAGGAGAUGAUGACGGACGACCAAGAAAAUCAAUACGAUCACGAUGAAUGGGGAUCCUCUGAGUUGAUAACGGUUACCUGGACGUCAAGAUACUUGAGCCUGGUUGGGGGCCAUGAAAGUCGAUGAGGGGUAUGUGUGGACCAUGCCACCAGGUAUUGCCCCAAAACAGCAAUCAGAACUUGAAUAGUGGUGCAGCCAUCUGAGUGGUUGAAAAAUGCAGUGCAUUCUGAUUCAAUUGUAUACAUCUGAGCAUUUCUACGUACAUAGGACCUGGGUUACUGAAAACACUAGACCUUUUUUUAAUACAUCUUUCACGAUCCA